GUUUCGCGUCUCUUCUACUAACAACAAACUGGCCUUCUGAACGAACGGACAGACAGACAUGCCCAUCAAACACGUCCUCAAUGUAGCAGAAGAGGAAGAGGAAGGAUGGGCGAGUUCAUCUGCGCCAUUCCGUCCAGCAAAAUCUCCAGUUUGCGCCAAUGAGAAAGGCGAAAGCACAGGGAAUGGUCUUUUCGCUAACGUGGACUUCGAACCUGGUCAACUGGUGGCAUCAAUCAGGAGACCGAUUGUGGGCUCAUUGGAUACCGAACGACUACUCGACACGUGUGCAAAUUGCUUCGUUUGGACCGAAGGUGCAUCAACGGGCACAAGAACAUAUGUACCAGAAGAUGUCAGGGUAUCAAAGUGUGCUGGAUGUCAGAGGUUCCGAUAUUGUAGCAAGGCAUGCCAGAAGGCAGCCUGGAACCGUGGUCACAAGUACCAAUGCAAGAUCUUCAAGAAAAUAGGUGACAGAGAGAUUCCAAAAGCCGUUCUCGCCUGCAUGGAUCUUCUUACGAUGAAAAAGCACGAUAUUGUACCAGAAGAGGCGUGGAACAUGCUGCUCAGUCUACCAUCCCACAUCGACGACUUCAAGGCAAAUGGCAAUCACGGCAACAUCGAGUUGAUGGCGAUGGGUGCAACCCAAUUCUCGCUUACACAGGAACUCUUCGAUAAGGACUUUGUGGCAGCCAUGUACGCGCGAGUCCUUACGAACUCUCUGACUCUCAUCACUCCAACGCUUGAUCCUCUAGGCAUCAUCGUAGACCCAAUGAUGGGUCACUUCAAUCAUUCUUGUGACCCGAAUGCCUACAUCAUCAUGGACGGAGCUGAAGUCAACGUGAGAUCACUCAAGCCCAUCAAGAAGGAUGAAGAAAUCUUCAUCGCCUACAUCGACACGACCAAUCCGUACUAUCGACGUCAACACGAGCUCAAGCAACGCUGGUUCUUCGUAUGCAGAUGUGCGAAGUGCCAGAAGGGCGCAACCCUGGACGAAGACAAGUGGGCCAUCGCUCCCAAGAGUCUGCCACAAGAGAUGCAGCAAGUGGCCGAGAUGAUUUCCAAGACGGAAAUCUUUGCGUCAGACCCAGCGAACUUUGUCGGCAACUCAAAGGUCGAGACAUACAUUGCUGCUAUUCAAGGCAAAGCUUUCGCCGAGUACGAGGCAGCGCAGCGAGCGUCUCCCGAUCAAGCAAACGAGAUCAUCGUCAAUGGGAUGCGCCUGUGUCAUCAGUCAGGGCUCUGGCCUGUAUAUCGUCAGCCGUAUGCUGCAUUCAGAGACGAGCUGAUCGUCAACUUGCUCGCAACAGGAACUUACCCAGAUGCAUGGGCACAGUGCGCGAAGCGAUAUAAGCACAUUCAACCCAAACUGUAUCCUGUGCCCUUCCACCCUGUACGUGUGGUUCAGACCUGGCAGAUGGCUAUGUUGGCAGCAUACUUUGCUGGUGAGGAGGAAGGCAUCGGUGCACCAGGAGCAAACAUGGGUUUGAUUGCGAUGAUGCUCACCAAGCAAGUCCUAGACGCUGCUGCGCUAAGCCAUGGAUCUAACAGUGCAUUUACAAAGAGCGUGCAGAGCAAAGCGAAUGAGAUGAGCGAGGAAUUGAGGAAGAGUGUGGGAGAGAACCCAGAUAGAGCUGUGAUCAAUCACGAGCUCGAGGCGCAGAAACAGAUGCUGAUGGAGAUGGGCGACUGGAUCCAGUACUAACGCAUCUUGAGAGACUGCGAGACUUAUGUAUUUGAGAGUCCUUCGUCUUCAUUGUUAGUUAGCUGUCACAGCCUGCCCUUACGCGCUGUAGCUGUAUCCCUAGCUUACAGGUACUGGCUUGAAGCAGCUCUACCAGAGCUUCGACGUCUCGCAUUACUCCACCUCGUCACUAGCGCACCUCGCGCGUCGGAUGAAUCGUGGAGGUACCCACAAUCAUGUUCAUUUUCACCUUCAUCGAGCCGUCUCAGCCCACUCUCACUUAACGCCCUUGGGUACAAAGUCUUUAAGUCUUGGCUCUGAGUGACUCUCCCAAAACUCCGACCUUACUACAAUCCCCGUCUAC